CUCUUCCUCUUCCGCUUCUUCCCGGGGACGAUUUAAUACACAUUUUCCAGUGGAACUUCGUCCUAACCGCCAUAGCCGGAGUGCUCAUCGUCUUCCUGAUGCGGGCUUACAUGGUCACACGGUGGAGAUCCACAUGUGGCCAAGGUUCCUCCUCCUCGUCCUCCUCCUCUGCCGCCCCCGUUGCCGCUACCUCCCCCUCGCUUGGCGAUGGAAGCCAUUUCGGCGGCCUGGCCUCGAUGCCGGGCCUGCCGUUGCCCCCGCAUAACCUCACUGCACACGUUAAUGAGAUGUUCUCCGGAGAUAAACCCCUCCCCUUCGUUCUCAUUGAUUGGGCUCGUCGUUACGGCCCCCUUUUCAGAUAUUACUCCACGAGGGGGAAACCUGUUGUCGUGGUGAGCGAUCCGGCUAUGGCGAAAGAAGUGCUAAUACAGCGUUUCUCCUCGUUCCGCGAUCGAACACGGAAAGACGAGACGAGUGAGCUCGAUACAAUGGGACUCCUUCAUUCCAGCGGCAAGUAUUGGACGGGGGUGCGACUAGUUCUCAUGCAGUACUUGUAUUCGCCGAGACUGAACAAAUUUCUGCCACUCAUGCAGCGCGCGACGACGGCUUUUGUGACCAAGUUGUACAAUGUUCCGGAGGGCGACGUUGUAAAGUUGGAAGAGGGGCUGCUCUUUUUGGCAAUGGAUGUGGUGGCUGAGGUUGCUCUUGGCAUCCCCUUCGACUCGCAGGACGAAUGGGAAAACACGCCUCUGCUCAGAGCACUCAUCAGCGACAUGAACAGUAAGCAAGACACAACGAGAGUCGCGGACAAUGAUGAUCAACCUUGCUGUAUCGCCUUUCUCCACAAGUUCAUGUCCCACAUUCCGUGGACAGCCGAGUACACACGUUCGCUCAAUCCGAAGUUGACGAUGCGAGAACUAAAGAGGAUUGUAGCACGGAGAUGGAAGGAGAAUAACAUAGAAAACAAGGAAGACCUGCUGAGUUUCCUGAUGAAAGCGAGGAUCGAAGAAGAUUCGGAAUUGGAAAAGACGUCGAGAGCUCUAACCAAUGAUGAGCUGGCGGGCAUCGUUCGAGAUAUCAUGGUGGCCGGGUCGACCACCGCAGCCAGCACUUUGGUGUUUGCGAUUACCCUGCUGUGCAAGCAUCCACACAUCAAGGCGGAAGUCGUGGCGGAAAUCGAUCGCUGGUACGAACAGCAUGCUUCUGGGACCGUUGAUGUCUCCCGGAUCUGCGAUCGUGAGGCCCCAGUGGACCACAGUCACAAGGAGACAGUUCAGGAUGCUGCCAUGGGGUUGAAGCAAGAGGACAUCCAGUGCAAGUUUCCAUGCUUGGAUAAGGUUAUACAAGAAACGGCGAGGAUGUACUGCGUCUCCGAGGUCAUUGAACGCGUCUGCACAGAAGACACACACCUGGGAGGUUACUUCAUCCCAAUGGGAACACAAGUGCACAUCAACACAUACGGCAUCCAUUACAAUCCUGAGUUGUUUCUCAUGCCAGAGGCAUUCCGCCCACAGCGCUUUGGCAGGUUGUCGUCGCUGUCGUUGAUUGGCAUUCCACAUAAUAAUUUCCAAAUGUUCCCAAAUCCGAUCAAUCCUUCACUGCUGGGUUUCGGUCUGGGUCCCCGCCGGUGCCCAGGAAAGAGCUUUGCUCUAUUAGAGAUGAAGGUCGUACUCAUUCGCCUUUUGCGCCACUUCGAUUUCAGGCUUGUCUCCGACGAUUCCGCUAACUCAAGGCUGGAUAUCGAAACAGGUCCCACACUAAGGCUCAAGGGCGGGCUGCCAGUGACAGUGCACAUGCGGCGCAGGUCAGGUGAGAGGUAAUCACGGCUACGAAGUCGAAAAGACUAAUCGUAAAAAGAACAAAAAAAAAAACAAAAACACGAGUAUGUUUCCCUUAUAUCGGCCGCGGGCGGGAAUUCGAGGCCGAGACGAAAAACGGGCCGUCGAUGACAUUUAUCGACGGUGGCCCCUUUUUCCCGCCGGCUUCCAAAUAUAUACCAGCGCGUUUCUGCAAAAUGGGCCGGGGAACAAACUGGUGUGGUUUAAUUGCCAGAGCGAAGACGAUGCGGCAAGGACGGACGUCGGGACCGAGGGCGAUCAUCUUCAUUAAAAAACCGGUGAGUGCCUAGUCAUUCCACAGUUGUAUUCGGUGAGCACUGUAGCAGCGGCGUAGCUCAAUAUGGAAACAGCUUUAUUCUGGUGACCACCGUAGCAGCGGCAUAGCUCGAUAUGGAAACAGCUUUUUUUCCCCUGACUCAAGAGGCCGUUAACAGAGGACCGAAUUUUCAGAAAUUUGUCAUGCAUUAGUCAGGGGCUCAAAAUGGGGGUUCCCGUUAACCAGUAGUGAGAGAGCGUAGGAUAACAAACUGUUCGGGGGGUUCCCGUUAGCCGUUUUCAGGGGCUGAAAAUGGGCGAUCCCCCUGACUCGAGAGGCUGCGACAGACUGUUCGGGUAAAGCGGUGCAGGUAAGGCGACGGCAGGGAGGACAAAGCGAAGGUUCGCACAAUAUCACCACAAUUUUUUUUAUUUAUUUAUUUUUUUUUCACCACAAAUUUCAUAUUUGGGAUCAAGGAUGAACAGUUACUGCCUUUGAGAGAGAAUCAGCAGUAAAUGUUGCAAAGAAGU